AUGGCGAGCGCGGCGAUGGCGUCGCUGGGGAUGAUGGCGAUGAUGGCGGCGAUGGGGGGGCGGGAGACGACGGCGAACGCGAACGCGAACGCGAACGCGGCGCUGGGGAAGCGAAGCGUGCGACGGGUCGAGGGAGCGGCGUACGAGGGAACGGUGUUGGAUUUGGAUGAGAAAACUCGCGAUGAUCUGACGCGGCGGUACCGAGCGAAGGAGACGGUGGCGCGGUUGGGCGGGGCGAGACGCGACGGGGCGCUGACGGAGCUCGGGGCGUCGAAUCCGCUGUUGGAGGGCGAAGCGUGGAACACGGCGAGCGAAUCCGAGCGAUCGAGGAGGGUGUCGAGAACGCACGACGUGGACAGCGGUGCGCUCGGCGACGUGCCGCAGUUUUUCAAGGAUGAGGCGGAGAAUUUUAAGUCUUCGUCGAUCGGUUUCUCGAGCGGCGCGGCGGCGAGCGGCGCGGCGGCGAGCGGCGCGGCGGCCGUCGGCUCAGGCAUCGUCUCGACGCCCAUCGCGGGUUCAGGCGUCGACGGUGCCGCGGCGUUGAUCGCCGAAGGCGCGACGUGCGACGCGGCCAUGUGUCCAGAUAAGUUCCAGCACGUCGAUCCGGCGUGCGCGAACGGGGGCAUCGGUUGCGUGGGCGACAGCGGGUGCCGGUUCUGCCGCGUGCUCGGGAUGGAAAAACAAGGCGGUAUGAACGAUAUUCCGGACUCUAUGGGUCUUUGUGACCCGUGCGUGUGCGAGCAUUAUGGUUUCAGCACUGGAUGCGCGGGGAUGCCGACGCCGGAAGGUUUGGAAUCCACGCCGACGACGGCGCCGGUGCAAGCCACGCCAACGACGGCGCCGGUGCAAGCCACGCCGACGCUCGAGCAAUCCUCAACCGUGGUGCAAGCGGCGCCGGUGCAAGCCGCGCAAGCGUAUGAUGAAUUCUCAGACAUACCGCAAGCGGCGCCUGCGCAACAAUUCUCGAGCGAGCCGCAGGUGGCGGAGGUGACAGACGAAGGACUGGCGUCGAGCUUCUUGACGGCGUCGUCCACUGCUUCCGCCGCUUUAGGUCUCACGUGCAACUAUAACACGUGCGAUAGCAAGAUUUUGUACUUGAUGUACGAUAAGCGAUGCCUGACCGAGGGCGGCCAAGGUUGCUACGCUGACAGCGCUUGUCGAUUUUGCAAGACGGAUCACCAAGAUCCAUCCAUCAGCUACGAAGACGGAUGGGAAACGUGCACUCAGUGCGUGUGCGACCAUUACGGUGUCACCGGGUGCGAACAAGGCGGUUUACCCGAAGUUCCGAUGAACCCGGUAGAAGCGUCGUCCACGGCACCGGUGAUGCCGCCCGUGGAAACGCAGCCGACGUUGGAGUCCACGGCGCCGGUGGUGCAGGCGACGGACGAAUACCAAGAUCGCGAAUACGACAACGAUCAUUACGGCGAGCAAGUGGAGCAACCGGCGCAAGUGGAGCAACCGGUGUUGAUGGAACAGCCGGUGCUAGUGGAACAACCGCCGCAACCGCCGAAGGCGAACGUCGAUCCUAACCGGUUUGCCGCCGCCGGCAUGGGCGCCAUGGAAGAAUCUGGCCCGGUCGAGGCGAUCCCGGCCGAUCAACGCCUCACGGCGAACGGUAUCGAGUGGACUCAAACCAAGUUUGGAUCGUUGCAAACGUGCGAAUCCCGAUGCGCCGAGGUUCAGAAGACGUGCGCCGAACACGUGUGGCCGAGCACUAUGAAUGAUUUCCGCGACGUCAUCUCCAGGACGACGAGCGCAGACGGCUCUGGAAACAUCGUGGCGUGCGACGAAAUCUUGCUCAACGACGAGACACAGCACUGCGGUGGCGUUUCCGCGCUUUCUGGACGGUGCUUCUUGAGCCCGUCUCACGGCCAUCUCCCGGCGUCGUGCACGUACGCCGCGGCGCACGCCGACUGCACAAACAUUUGUCCGUGCGUCUGACGCGUUUAGCGCGCCCCGAACCGAGC